AAGCUUUUUGAUCUCGUUUAGUAAUGUCCGUUUCGUAUUUCCAUUAAAAUUCCCUCUAAAGCCAUAAUAUUAGAAGUAGAAUCAUUCUAUGUCCAAUACUUCUGUGUUAUUAUUCCAUAAGAUAAUUCGAGCUUCAACCAGACGAGCAAGUAGUACUGUAGCCGGCGUCUGUGAUCAGUCCAGCUCGAGAACGAUAAUCUUGGCCGGUGCAAGAAAAAAUCAGUAUAAAGAUCAAUGCAAAUUCUACAUUCGUUUUGCUGCUGGAAUCAAUCUACGGCUCUCGUUCUCAAGAUCUGGGUUAAUGAAGGCAAAAUAAAGGACCUUCGCUGUAAUGCCUGGAAUGAAUUGCGACCUGCGAUUCAAUACCCAAGUAGUUGUGCUUAUUCUGUUCAGUUACGUGCUCUUUAGCAGUUGUAGUGCCCCUUAUUGGUCCAGGAUGUUUGGAGAUGCGCAACCCCAUGGUUCUUGGAGAUUUAUCAGUGGAUUUAGAAGGUAUUGGGUAUCACUAAAAUGGUUCAGUAUUCCUGCCAGUGUUGGUUUUGCUUAUAUCUGCUAUCAACAAUAUGGACACAUUAAGAAGCGAGAGAACAGGAAGAUUGCAAGUGGUGAUCCUGAAGAUUUGAUUGCUAAUCAAUGGCAGGUAGCAUUAUACAGAAAAUUCCCAAUGAGGGCAGUUUCUCGGCUUUGGGGUCAAGUGAAUAAUUAUGACCUUCCAGUAUUUAUGCGAUGGCCAGUCAUUGGGUUGUAUUCUUGGGUGUUCUCGUGUAAUUUAGCUGAAGCAGAGAUAGAAGAUAUAAAAAGCUAUCCAAAUUUAGGAGCAUUUUUUAGACGUCAACUUAAACCUGAUGUUAGGCCAGUUGACCAUUCAGCUGUUUUGACCAGCCCAGCUGAUGGCUAUAUUAUGCAUCAUGGUGAAGUCGUUGGUGAUACUGUAGAGCAAGUCAAAGGAAUAACUUAUGAUUUAACAACAUUUCUUGGUCCAAACCAUCCUUGCUCCAAAACUGCUAUUACAGAACAUUCAUCAGAGGACAAGAGACACUUUUUCCAUUGUGUGUUAUACCUAGGACCUGGUGAUUACCAUUCAUUUCAUUCCCCUGCCGAGUGGACGGUCAAAACAAGAAGACAUUUUCCAGGAGAACUUUUAUCAGUCAGUCCAAGCAUUCAAAGAAUCAUUAAGGGUUUAUUCAAUUAUAAUGAACGUGUAGUACUCUCUGGUUCCUGGGAAUAUGGUUUCUUUGCCUAUGCCGCUAUUGGUGCAAGCAAUGUUGGAUCAAUCUAUGUUGAUUUUGAUGAGGAACUGAAAACCAAUAUUUCUGGAAAAUAUAUACCAGGAAGCUUCAUAGAGAAAUUGCUGUCAACCACAGGAAUGGAGGGAUUCUCUCUCACAAAAGGACAGAAAAUGGGAGGAUUUAACUUGGGAUCAACUAUUGUUCUCAUCUUUGAGGCACCAAAGGACUUUAGGUUUAAUGUCAAAGCAGGAGACAAGGUUAAAUUUGGACAGGCAUUGGGCACAGUAGGCAAUAAAAAUGAAUGAUACACUCUCUCUUGAUUCUUGUGAAUGAAGCUGACAAAAACUACCAUCCAUCUUUUCUAGACCUUGUGUAAAAUAUUCUUUGGAGCCAAUGCCUUUGUUUGUAUGUACACACAUACAACAUGUAUGCUUUACCUACAUGUAUACACUCACUCCCACUUGCGAGUUGUAACCUCUCUUGCAUCCAAAUCAUAGCCCACCUCCAAGACGUGCUUCGCUUGUCAUAUGUAAAGGUUUCAGUACRAGGCUCUGUGCUUAAUUAGUUUUUUUUUCUCCUUUCCUCCAUGUAGUCUCACAUUGAAAACUUUGUGCGUGACCAGAGAAGCAUUUUAACUGAGAAGUGGGCUAUUGGAAACGUUUUUAUGAAAGAUUCAUUCUAACAACAAGGGGAUCAUUUAACUUUAGGAACUUAAUUGUAAUGUUACUGUAAUGUUACUGUAAUGUUUUUCUAUUACAGACCAUGUGCAUUUUAUUUUUUAUUUUCAAUUUUGUCGAUAACCUGAAACCACCUCUAAAAUGUCAGGUAUGGCUAACAUGAAAAUUGAAUAGGAAUUAGGUGUCUUGGGCUAGGUGUCAAAAGAAUGAUAUUCUUCACAAGGUGAAAGUCUAAUAUAAAAAAUAUAUAUACAACUAAGGUAUAUGUGCAUUUGUAACUCAGGUUAAGAAUGAAUGAUAAAAAAAGAGAAAAUGACUGGCUAGAGUUUCCUAUAAAAAGCAUCCUAAUAAAUGGAUGUUCAUAAAAUAUGUUAAUACCCAUCUAGAAACGUUGACAAUCUUUAAAGAAAUGUCUGUCUCGUACUCCUAACAGUGCAAUUUGAAAGGUGUACAUAAAAAAACAACUUGAUAUUUAUAUGUAUUACAUGUAGGUAGGUAAUGUUGUAAAAUAAAGAAAAUAUAAGAACAGAGCAAA